AUGGCUUGGUUUCUUGGCUCUCUCUUUCUCGUUUUCAUAUCUUCUGCUACCGCUUGUGAUCGUUGUGUUUUUCAAUCUAAAGCUAGUCACCUUUAUGAAUCACCUACUACAUAUGGGGGAGCAUGUGGUUAUGGCAACUUGGCGUUGCAAUUCUCUAAUGGCUUCUUUGCAGCUGCUGUGCCUUCUCUCUAUAAACAAGGAGCUGGUUGUGGUGCUUGCUAUCAAGUAAGGUGCAAAAAUAGAAGGCUUUGCAACACGGUAGGAACCAAGGUGGUACUCACGGAUCAAAAUAAUGACAAUGCAACAGACCUUGUUCUUAGUCAAAGAGCAUUCUUUACCAUGGCUCUCAAUGGUAAAGGCGCAGAUCUUUUGAAUCUUGGAGUGAUUGAUGUUGAAUAUAAGAGGGUUCCAUGUGAAUAUGCAGGUAGAAAUUUGUUGGUGCGAGUGGAAGAAUCAAGCUACAAUCCAUUCAAGCUGGCUAUUAAGUUCUUCUACCAAGGUGGCCAAACAGACAUGAUUGCUGUGGACGUAGCUCAAGUUGGAACCUCUGAUUGGAGCCAUAUGAAGAGAAGCUAUGGCGCUGUUUGGGAGACAGACAACGUUCCCGAGGGCGCACUGCAGUUGAGAAUGGUGGUCACUUCAGGAUAUGAUGGGAAAUGGGUUUGGGCGAAGUCUGUGCUUCCUGCUAAUUGGGGAGUUGGAGCCAUCUUCAACACUGGUGUUCAAAUCAACGACAUUGCCAAAGAGAGUUGCCCUCCAUGGCAAUGUGGUGAUGGCCAAUGGAAAUAA